CUUGACUGUUACAUCCUUAUUGAAACCACCCGCACCACUUCACUGACACAAAUUCUUAGAGCUACCAUGGAAGACAGUGACUAUUUUAUUGACUUUAAUGAUAGCGACUGUUGGUCUAAAAACUGCUCCGAUUUGGUGAAUCUCCUUGAAAAUGAGGUCCCUGUCAUGGGUCCACGCCACUGGUUCGCUCUGAUCUGCUACAGCAUCGUCUUCCUGCUGGGUGUCCCGGGCAACGGCCUGGUGGUGUGGGUGACGGCAUUCAGAAUGCCAAACUCGGUCAACGCACAGUGGUUUUUAAACCUGGCCAUCGCCGAUCUGUUGUGUUGCUUAUCUCUGCCUCUGCUGAUGGUACCGCUCACACAAGACCAACACUGGCCCUUUGGUCCUCUGGCGUGCAAAAUACUACACGGUCUGUUCUCCAUGAUGAUGUACUGCAGCGUUCUGCUCUUGGUUGCGAUCAGCUUGGAUCGCUUUCUUUUGGUGACCAAACCCGUAUGGUGCCAGAACCGGAGAAAUCCAAGGAUAGCCCGCUGCGUCUGUUUUGCCAUUUGGGUGCUGGCUCUCUUGGGUAGCUCUCCACAGUUUGCUCAUAUGGAGGAAAUUGUAAAAAUUGAUGGUAAAAAAUUGUGUGUUAGUGUGCAUCAUAGCAAAGUUGGGGCCUGGGCUGUGACUGUGUCGCGUAGUUUCCUGUCCUUUGUGUUACCUUUCAUGAUCAUCUGUGUCAGCCACUGGAAGGUUUACACGACCACAAGCUACAGACGGGGCCAACGUGGCAAUGACAAGUCGGCUCGGACACUGCGUGUCAUCCUUACUUUGGUGUUUAGCUUCUUUCUGUGCUGGAUGCCUCUCCACAUCGUGGAUCUUCUUCAAUUGAUAAUAUACAAAAAAUCAAAUCAGUUACAAGCCAACUUGCUUUUAGGCCACGUGCUAGCACUUUGCUUGGCUUACAUUAACAGCUGCAUGAAUCCUCUGCUCUACGUUUGUCUUGGCCGUGGUUUCAAGGAAAAUCUGAUAAGCUCUCUGCGUAGCGUGCUCCACUUUGCGUCCGAGGCACCGCCGACUCGAAUUAGCAUGACUGCAAUCAGUAAAACCACCACCACAGAUGGACAAACUUGCAGUGAGAAGCCCCUGUGAACCCUUGUAUGGACAAAUGGAUCUAGAGUAAUGCCCCUGAAGUUCCCGAAGUCAAUGGUCCAUAUGACAACCUGGUCUCCAUCUUUGUUUAAUGGGCCUCAAUGAAGCAUAAAAGUUGGGUUGCGUUGGGAUAAUCAUGUGUCAGUACAGCAACAACAUUGUUAAUGUUUACGUAAUGCACUGUGCUGGGAAGCUUGGCCAUGAGUUACCAAGAAGCAACCAUUCUUUCACCAUCAGCAUUUUUUCUCUGUCAGUGCAACACAAGGCAUUUAAAUAUAACAUGUCUCCAUAGCCACUGGAAACAUACAGAAACAUUAUUAUUAUAAUAGCACUGUGUAUUAUACUCCGUUUUUUUGUUCAUAGAUCAGAAACAUGAAAUAAACAAAGGUUUGCUGUUCUGUU